AUAACUAUCCUUGUUGUUCGGAAGAAGAAUACUGCAAUGUUUGGGUCCGCGUCAUAAUGUCAAUUAUCACGUCCCAAUACUAUGUUUACCAUGAUUUUGUGAAGAUGGAUUUCCUAGCUUCUCUUUCACCGCACAGCUGCAUCAAACCUAAUGCCAGACCAAACACAUACUGCAUUUGCAAGCUUAGCUUUUUGAGAUUUUUUAGUAAAGCUAAUUUUUAUUGCACUGAAUUUAUGCAGAUGAGCAUGGCCCUUAGCCUUAAAAAAGACUGGAAACCGAUAUGCGACAUAAAGUUCUCAAGUCCUCCAACUGAAUUGCCACAAGAAUUGAAUAUAGAUUCAAUUGUUAAAAAGAAAAAGCUAGCUGAUAUUUCUGCAUUGCCGCAGUUUUCAGUAGCACCUGCUCCAAACUCUUCACGUGACAGGAAUGAGUGGGGAAAGUUUCUGAAUUUCCUGCACAGAUAUGAUAUGGUUGCUAUUACAGGCUUUGAGCAGUACAAGUUUUACAUUUUACCUCCUCCUAUAGUAUCUAUAUCAAGCACAGUUAAUAUUGCAUAUCAAAUAGGCAGUAUAUGUACUCGUCCAAGAGAUUGUGAGUCAGGUUCACACUUAGCUGAGGAACGGGGUGGACACGAUACUAUCAUGGCAAGAGGUCCAUCGAAUGGUGGAGAUGUCAGCUCUUCACGUCCUAAGUUCCCUCCCGAGGAAGAUCUUGCAAAUCAUUUUACAUCUGAAACUUGUGGCGGAAGUCAAUCACGUGUGAUGCAGGAUAGACUGCACGGGAAAAAUUCUGUAAAAAUAGACCAAAGUUACUUGAAAACACUUGGCCAGGCUCACUCUGGAUGGAUUUUUGGUGGAAUAGCUGAGCUUGUUGAUAAUUCGAGUGAUGCCAAAGCAACUAAGAUGGAUAUUUUUGUUGAAAUGAUAAAGUUGAAAAAGUCUGGGAAGGAUGUACCUAUGCUGUCAGUAAUUGAUGAUGGUCAAGGGAUGAACCAUGAAGAGGUUAUAAAAAUGGUAUCUCUCGGGCACAAACAAUCUGGUUAUGAUGAUAAGGAUCAAAUUGGUAGAUUCGGUGUUGGAUUCAAGACAGGAGCAAUGAGGCUGGGCAGAGAUGUUCUUGUUUUAACCCAGACUGCUAAUUCCAGAUCUAUAGCUUUUCUUUCACAAUCGCUGAAUGAAGGCAAGGAUAAUAUAGAGAUUCCGAUAGUUAGUUACUGCCGGCAAGGACAACAAAUGGAAGUUGACCCAUCUGCCCAGUCUGAGAGUUUAGCCAAAUUCAAUUUGAAAGCUAUUCAAGAUAACUCACCGUUUAAUAAAUAUCUUAUCGGCGAAAAGGCAGCCCUGUUUUGUGGUGGUACGGGAACCCAAAUAUAUAUAUGGAACUUGGAUGAAUGGGGUUCAGAGUGUUGCCUAGAGUGGCAUGACGGAUUGAAAGGUGGGAGUUCUUUUCACCAAGGUGACAUUUUCAUCCGCAGCAAGAGGAGUCGUGCUCGUCUAGGCCAACUUAAUCAAAAGGUUCCUCUGGAUUACUCAUUACGAGCUUAUUUGGAAGUCAUCUUCUUAGUUCCACGAAUGAAGAUAUCUGUUCAAAGGAAACUGGUUAAAAGUCGACCACUAGCAAAUUUCCUCACUAAUACUAUUAUUGCAACUGGUGACAUCUUGGGAAGGGCAGUUGAAUUGAUUUUAGGAUUUAGUCAAUUAGAAUGGGAUCAAGCAAGCUGUGGAGUAUUUUUGUAUUGGCAUGGUCGCCUAAUUGAGGCUUACAAGAGAGUUGGUGGCAUGAUUCAUAGUGCAGAUGUGGGCCGGGGUGUAAUUGGUGUCAUGGAUGUGACCAAUUUAAUGGAUGAUCAGGAUGGUCGUGUGUGGGUGCACAAUAACAAGCAGGGAUUCCAAGACUGUGAAACAUAUGCAUGUCUUGAGCAGUGGCUUGGGAAAAAAGCAGAUGAAUACUGGGACAAUAAUUUUGAUUCACUUAGUUUGGACAAUGAGGACAACUGUGUCUACAAACCAGAUUGUGAGUGGGUGCAAUGUGACAAAUGCAGAAAGUGGAGAAUGUUACCUCCCACCUUUGACAACCGAGAGUUGCCUAUGCAAUGGUUCUGUUAUAUGGAGCCUUUCAAAGGUAAAUGUGCAGACGCUGAACAGAAGGUGAAGCCUGGCAUAGUCGCUGUUUCCACGAAGCGAUCAGGAUAUGAUUGCAUGCUGAAAGGUUCUCGUAGUAUCAAGAUGGAACCUGAUGCUGAUGUUUCUGGAACAGAUGACAAAUUCGUCAAUUCUGAGGAUGUACAACAUCCAACCUUGAAGCGGUUGAAAAAGGGACUUCCAAGACACGAAGAUGCCAAAUCUCCGUCCUUAAACAAAUCAAAAAAGAGAUAAUCACACAAGUUAAAACUACCACUUGAAAUAUAUUUUUCUUUUUAUUCUCCAAUCUGCACAAGUUCAGGUUUUGGAAGCCCAAACCAAAAUGUCCGCCAACGACACAUUCUCAAAACCUUGGAGUUCUCUUUUUUGGCGGGUGAUGUACAGGCCCCCAAAUUGUUGAGCAUAUUGGAACACUAACCAACUUCCGAAUUCCGAUAGUGUUUUUUGUGCGUACAAGCCUAUGGAGUUUUAGCUUAUGAUAAAUGAUUCUUCAACAAUUACAUAUUUUUUAUUUGUUAACCCUCUGGUUCCUAGAGGAAUGACUCUGAUAAUCUGAAGUUCGGCUGAAAUGUAAGUAAAGUUUGGCCAACUUUGAUUGAAUGCUUUUCAACAUGUGAAUAUUAUUGACCCAUUCGGCUGAAAUGUAAGUAAAGUUUGGCCAACUUUGGUUGAAUGCUUUUCAAAUGUGAAUAUUAUUGACCCAAAUUUCUUGCAUUUAUAACAUCUCACAUUUACACGUUUUAAUUGA